GACCCGAAGAGCCGAAGAGCAGAAGCCAGGGCGGAGGUCGCUGCCGAAGUCGGAGCGUCUGCGGGAGGCGUCCAGGUACGGCCCGGAGAGAGCGGACACCCCUCGCCUCUGAAGAUGGUGCGGAUUCUGGCCAACGGGGAUAUCGUACAGGACGAUGACCCCCGAGUGAGGGCUAAUUCUCAGGCCCGGGGCAACUCAUCUCGACAGGGCCUCUUCGACGGAACGAGGGGAGCCGGGGACCCACCGCCCCGCCAGCCCGGGGCCGGCCCGGGGCCGCGCUCCCCGUUCUCCGAGCUCAACCGGCAGCUGGUGACCAUGGGCUUCCCGGUGUGGAACGUGGGCAACCAGGUGGUGGAACCGGUGAUGUCCAUCCUCCUCCUCUUCCUGAUCCUGCUGCUGGGAGUGCGGGGCCUGCUGCUGGUAGGCCUGGUGUACGUGGUCUCCCAGCUGAGCCGACGGUGACGGGACGCCCGGAGAGCGCAGGGAGGAGGCCGGGGGCCGGGGUGGGGGUGUGUCUGUCUGUGUGGCUGAGUGGGAAUGAGAAUUAGAGGCUUUCCGGGGUGGAAGAGCUGGGGUUUGGGGUGUUUUUCGCCCGCCCCUGGUUCUGAGUGGCCCCCGGGUCCAGAGUGGCGAUGGGUAGGAUACCACCGGCCCCAUCGCGGUCACCAGCCCAGGGACCUUCACCCUUGACUGGUGGGCUUCAUCUGGCUAAGCCCCCAGAAGUCCAGAAGAACCUUUUAGCGAUGGGACCGCAGCCCGGCGUUGCUUUUGUACCCUCCCCACAUCUUCAGGGCCCUGUUGCCAUUUGAGCAGGAAUUCAGCUUUCAGGGUGUGUGCUUGUAAGUGUGUGUGUUGUUGUCGUCGUCUCUGUGGGGGAGUGGAGCUGAACCCCAGCUGAGACCAAAGUCACAUCCUUCCCCCAUCGGCUCCCAAAGCUCACAGCAUGCGAAGCUGAAAGUGCCUUAGCAAGCGACCGUUUCCACGGCUGAGAGGCCGAGGUUGUUGCACGAAAGGGUGGGCACGGGCUUCCUGCCCCCUUGGCGCUCCCCGUCCCCGCCCCUGGUGCUCCCUGGGGCCCCCCGAUCUGGCACCGACAUUCCCGCCCGGCAGCUGUCUGCUCUAACAAGACCAUUCCUUUUUCCAAGCAAA